CAUUUGAUGUCACAUUUUAUUUUUUUAUUCACGCAAAAGCCAACUUCGUUCUGCAAGCUACGGAUUAGAAAAGCAUUCGAAACAUCUGAAUAAUGGCUGCUCUAGCGAACAAAGGAUCCGCGCUGGUAUCAACCCUGAUGACACAGGCCCGACCAAAGUUCAACGUAUUCCUCAAGUAUGCCAAGGUUGAGCUGACCCCACCAACUCCCGCGGACAUACCAGCGAUUCGGAACGGCAUUGCUCGUAUCAUUUCGGGUGCACGAACCGGAGCUUGGAAGAACCUGACUGUUAAGGAGGCCUGGUUGAACUCGCUAGUUACGGCCGAAGUCUUUUUCUGGUUCUACGUCGGUGAGGUUAUUGGCAAGCGCCAUUUGGUUGGUUACAAAGUUUAAACCUUAACGAUUAAAUCAGAGAAGCUAGCAAAGGGACGUUUAUAAAGGAAGUUCGAUUAAAUGUGAAAAAAACUCCGAUAUACAAGUGUUUACUAUGUACU